CAAUAUUUCGCUUACACCGUGCACAUCGUUGUCAAUAGCUCUGCUACUGGCUGCUUGUUUAUUUUUUUUAGCUCGUGUUAUUUAUUUGUGAUAAGACUAGAAUACGGAAAAUAAAUCUGAUUGUUACGUCAACAAAGUGAAAAACAAUAUUGCAACAAGUUUCACACAAAUAAAAUAAUAUUACAAAAAUGGAAGUGCCACCGCCUUUAGUAUUAAAGCGUCCCUUGUUUGUGCCCAGCAAGACGUUAAUGGGACCAGGACCAUCCAAUUGCUCACAGCGCGUGCUGGAGGCCAUGAGUAAUCCAGUGCUGGGACAUUUGCAUCCGGAAUGCUUACAGAUCAUGGACGAAGUAAAGGAGGGCAUCAAGUAUGUAUUCCAGACGUUGAACGAUGCCACGAUGUGCAUCAGCGGCGCCGGCCAUAGCGGCAUGGAAGCGGCCCUCUGCAAUCUGAUCGAGGACAACGAUGUGGUGCUCAUGGGCAUCAGCGGCGUCUGGGGGCAUCGGGCAGCGGACAUGGCGCGUCGCUAUGGCGCCGAUGUGCGCUACGUGGAGGCGAGCUUCGGACGCGCCUUAACAUUGGACGAAAUACGCUUCGCUUUCGAUACACACAAGCCGCGCGUGUUAUUCGUCUGCCAGGGUGACUCCUCCACGGGCAUACUGCAGCGGCAUAUACGUGAGCUGGGCGAGAUGUGCCGCCAGCAUGACUGCUAUCUGGUGGUGGAUGUGGUUGCCUCGCUGGGCGGCACAGAGUUCCUCAUGGACGAGUGGAAAGUGGAUGUGGCCUACACGGGCUCGCAGAAGUCGCUGGGCGGACCAGCGGGCAUCACCCCCAUCUCGUUCAGCAGGCGCGCCCUCACCCACAUCCGACAGCGCAAGAGCAAGCCCAAGGUCUACUACUUCGAUGUGCUGCUCAUUGGCCAGUACUGGGGCUGCUAUGGCACUCCACGCAUCUAUCAUCACACCAUCUCCAGCACGCUGCUCUACGGUCUGCGUGAGGCUCUGACGCACUUCUGUGCCAUGGGCUUGAAGUCGGUGGUGCAGCGGCAUGUGGAGUGCUCGGCGCGCCUCCAGUUGGGCAUCGAGGAGCUGGGCCUGGAGAUGUUUGUGCAGCGUGAAGCGGAUCGCUUGCCCACAGUAAACACAAUCAAAGUGCCAUUUGGCAUCGACUGGAAAAAGGUCGCCGACUAUGCCAUGCGCAAAUAUAAUCUGGAGAUCAGCGGCGGCCUGGGUCCCACUGCGGAGCACGUCUUUCGCAUUGGCCUAAUGGGUGAGAAUGCUACGCUAGAGAAAGUUGACAUGGUCCUAAGCAUUUUACACGAAGCAAUACAAAGCAUUAAGCUGCGCGCUCUCAAAACUGAACGCUCCAAGAUAUAACAUAUUACUUUUUGCUCAUUAAUUAAUUAAAUAAUUACUUUAUGUGCAAGUUUUAAAUUAAAUAAUCAUUGCAAGCUGUUUAAUAUUAAAGAUUUUGUCGCAGCGCAUUGGGUGCUGUUCAAAUGUUUAACGAAACUGCUGCUGUUGCUAAUCACUGAGCACUUAACGAAAGUCCAUAAGUUCGCAAACCGCGUACACAAACCAAAACCCACAGCUGGCUGUUGUCUUGACUAAUUUUAUUUUUGCUUGCGCCUUUUUGUAUGUGAAAAGUUAAAAUAAAUAUUUGACUGAA